CCGACCUUCGCUGUGGAAACUAUCGAGCCUUAGAGGCUUUACUCCUCCAAAUCUUCCUCAAAUAACCCCCAAACGUGCUCUCUUAUUCAUAAAUAUAUAACUUAAUAGUCUCUUAUUGCUUUGGUGUGGUUUAAAAUGGCUGAGCGAUGCUAGCCAUUCAAGAAGAAGCUGUUGAAUUCAGGAUGCUGGGAACCUCUCCAGUGUUCAGUAAGGACUAUUUCAGCAGCAGUUUUGCUGAUUUCAUCCCACCCUACCUUGAAGAUAAUGUUGCAGCUGAAGUCCAUGUUGGAAGUGAGCAAGGGUUUUCAGAGAGGGAUUUUAUAUACAGUGAAUCGAUAUCGGCAACAACAUCAUGUGGGACGUCUGUGACUUCGGAGAUCUCAGAUGACAGCUUUAUAGACAUAAAUGAUGAAGACUUUGAUCCUUUUCCAAAGACAGAGACUAUUUCUCUAGAUUUCCAGUCACUUCAAAGACUUUCUGAAUCAGGGAACACUGGUUGGAGUCGGAGUAAUACAUGCAAAGGCAGUGAUGCCCAGGACAGCUCAGACAGUGAUGAUGAUGAUGACUCACUACCCAGAGGUCUUAAAUGCGCCCCAGAAAUUCCACGGACCAAAUCGUUAUCUAAUAAGUCUGAAUGUGUUGGUUGCAAGUUAAAAAAGCGCAUGGAUAACAUUUCGUGGAAUGAUAUGACAUCUGAUGACCAAAUGGAAGCCAUAGAGUACCUCACAAGAUUGGCCUCGACAACCUUAGGUUUGCAUGACCAGUUAGAGAUCAUUAGAAUCAUCAGCCCAAGUGCUAGGGUGCUUCCCACAGACACAGAGUUCGUUAUAGAUCUUGAUGCUUUUAACGAUAGCAAAUUCCAGAGAAUUCAACAAUAUGUUUGUCAGAGGUUGAAUGUAAAUGAUUGUAAUCGUUGCUCUGCGUUAAGAAGAAGUAAGUGCAGUCGGAAUUCAAGUACAAGUCUAACACACAGAAAGCAUUCUAAGAGGUCACGCCAGCCACUAAGUACGAAGCGUAUUUCUAAGAAAUCCAAGAAACCAAAAGGAGUACUAGGUCGUGUGCAUCGCCAGAUGGAGAAGGAGAAGAGAAGUGGCCUCUUUCAAAAAGAGGAGGUGAUAACCCUAAAGGCAUCGGCACCAAAGGAAGACAGCGAGGAUGAGAUUGAAAUAGACAUUCUAUGACAAGAUGCCACGGGGCCACCAAUAUUUCACUACAUUGACAAUAAAGCUUUGUUAUAUAAGUCAGAAAUCAAUAAAUAAUUACUCAGCAAAGAUGAGUACGAUUCCACCGAGUUUAAUUUUCUUCCAUUCAGGCCAUUUCCAUGAGCUGUAUUCUCAAGUUUUUGAGUUUGUCUUGCUGAAAGAAAUAUAUAAGAAAAUCAAACAAAUAAUUGAUAUGAUAAUAAGGUUCAGUUUGAUUUACUUGAUAUUAAUGGUUAUUAUCAUUUGAUAUCAGGUUUAAAUCUGGGUGACUGUCAAGUGGUUAUCAAUUGGUUAUAUUUGACAGUUGUUCAACUAUAUUUUCAUACAAUUGAAAUUGUUUGUUACAGUAAUUACAAAUGUCAUCGAAAUCUUGUCACUCAGAUGUCUUUUUUUUGAUUGCUGAUACCACUUGAUAUUAAAUUCAUAUAUUGGUAUCAAGUGAUAUCAUAUUGUAGUGAUCAGCACGGCAUAUUUUUUCUAUUUUUUUUCUUCUUUAAAAUAAUAGUUUUGAAUACAAUUUUUAAACUUAUUAAAAUAAAUUUAGCGCAUAAUAUUUGCAAUACCGCACUGAUGUGGCUUUGCACAAACUUAGGGAAUCCUCUUGACUGAGUAAUCUUAGAAUUGUUGGUGACUCUGUAAAGAGAGACACAGAGAGGGAAUGCAUAGAAAUAAUUAAAAAGAUGGAAUAUGCUUCAA